CAUCCCUCACCUCUCCUUUGCGACACCAUCACCCUCAUCUACGACGCGUUCCUACCUCUUAAUUUCCGCCCAUGUCCGAUCUUUACACGAGUCUUGAUGUGUCUCCAAGAAAGAAGCGCGCCCCUCCCGAGUUUGACGAUGGAGAGACGUUGAGCCCUAAGAGACUUCGAACCACCGCUCCGAGUCACAGGAUAUUCUCCUCACGAAAAGAACUAAUGAAUAAUGAUGUCACUUUCGUCAACGAACUGCCAUCCCAUCUAUCACGUCUUGCCGCCAUCCAUACCGCGCUCCAACACGCACUCUCGCAUGCCCUGGCAACCUGUGCCGUGUCUCCCACCUCGGACACCGGCGUCGUACGGAAUGUUCUCAACCAUAUCUCUCUUUCUACGUACACUGGAUUCCCCACACAAUUUGACACCGAUGAUCUUCGGCGCUUAUGUUGGAUCUGGGAGUGGGACGGACAGACACUGCCUGGUUUAACACCUUCUGAAGAUGAUAACCCAUUUCUCGAAGAUAAACCCGUUCCCAAGGACUGGACGCGGGGCGCCAUGGGUGUUGUACUCAGUCCUGCCACCCACCACUCGCGGGCCGACGGAAAGCGUGUGCCGGCCUAUGGAGUGGGCAUCGAGGUCGAGAUGGACAUAGACAAGGACAUGACUGCGGGUAUGGCUGCUGUCGCUCGUUGGACUGGUGCAGCUGGCGCUCGACGAGAGGCCUUUCAGAAGAAGUUGGAAGCCUGGGCCCAGCUUCACGCUGACCUGGACAAAGUCCCAUCUAUUCCUAUCGCCGACUUGCCUCGUCUCGCAGCUGCGAAAACAACAUCUCUCACUCGCACCCUUGUCGCCCUCUCACCUAAGUCACCUACGUCGAUGAGCUCCCCGUUCAAGGUCCCGGCUCUUCCGACAUCGCCUUCCCGGUCCCCUGUCAAAUCCAAGCCAGCCAACCCUAUUCCUUUCCCCCUUGCUCAGAAGUCGCCUUCCAAGAGUUCUGUCCUUUUUCCUCAGACCCCGCGAACGAACCGAUCGUUGCUUGUUUCUACCCCCGGCACACCGACAACUCCGGCCACAGAAGUGCAGUCGAACCCUGCGACUCCAGUGCAUCAACGUGGACCGACUGCAAGUACUGCACCUCAAACUGGAUCGUCCUCAAGGCGUGAUGCAUUGUAUGAGCGGUUACGGCAACGAUCACUCACAAGUUCGCCGACCAAGGCACCAAGCAGCGACAUCAAGGGCGGAAAACUGAGUCGGGAUCAAAUGCUCAAGCUGGGGCAAGACGAGUUGAGACGGAGAUGUUUAUUGGGCCGUCUGGAUAAGAUUGCAGAGGGAGUCUGGAUGUUGUUCACGACACCUGCAACUGGGUCUGGCACGUCUCCGAUGGCACGAAAACGACGAGCGUUGCCCAUGGCGGAGGUCAUCGCUGCCACCAUCAAGUCUUCGCCUGUCCCCUUGUCUUCCGCCGAAGCCUUCGACUCCCUUACCAUGCUGGUGAGGCUGUGCCCAUUCUUCCUGAAACGAUUUUCUGUGGGAGCGGAACAAUGGCUUGAAAUGCCACCCCCUUCUGUGGCACCAACCGAACCCAACACCCCGUCGUCUAGGAACAAGGAAAGCCCCUCGCGGAAGCCUGUGCCUAGCGACGAAGAAGUUCUGUUGACCCGAAGUCCGAUGCGUGUCCAAAGGGAGUCGGGAGGAUUGCGGCAAGUGAGAGAAAUCAUCCGGCGCGAGCUGGAACUGCAAGAUUAA